AUGGAGAGUCCAUGUGACACUGUGAUACGAGACAUGGAUCUCUUAACGGAGAUCCUUCUCCGAUUGCCAGUGAAACAAGCGAUUCAAUGCAAGUGCGUGUGCAAGAAAUGGCUGUCAAUCAUCUCCAACCCCAAAUUCUGUUAUUCACACACUUGUCGUUUAUAUUCCAAGUACAAUAACAACCCUCCACCCACUGCUCUGUUGGUUCAAAAUGUCUCAGACACAAAGCUUCGUAGAGCUUCUUUUGUCCCCUUAAACACCAAUAAUGAAAGUAACAAAACCUUCCACCCUGAUCUUGAUGGAUCCAACUUAUUGCCUUCCAUUAUGCACUCUUGCAAUGGUCUAUUACUAUGGAAUGUUCAUUAA